AUGGUAUGGUCAAUGAUUGUUUCAUGCGUUGCCAUAGGUGCUAUUUUUGGUGCGCUUUCUACAAAGCCAUUAUCAAAAAGAUUAGGACGCAGAAACGGAUUAAUAUUUAAUGGAAUUUUUAAUGUGAUUGGAGCUUUAUUGGAAUACCUUGCCAAACCAUUAUCCUCUCCAGAGAUUCUCGUCAUUGGUCGAAUAAUACUUGGGGUGAAUAUGGGUCUUACAUCUGGUCUUGUUCCAAUGUAUUUAAUGGAGAUAACUCCGACAAAAUAUCGAGGAUCUGCGGGCACGUGCCAUAUGGUAUUUGGUGGAGACGAAACAUGGCCUAUAGCCUUCGGAUUUCCCGGCAUAACGGCCUUUUUGCUCUGCUGUAUUUUGCCAUUUUGCCCAGAAAGUCCAAAGACCAAUGAGAAUAUAUCCGUCUCCUAUUUAUUCACAAGCAAAGAGUUACGAAUGCCAUUAAUAAUCUGCGUAUGGGUAAUGGUUGCUCAACAAUUUACUGGUGCAGCUGCAAUCUUUGCCUAUUCUACCAAUAUGUUUUUAAAUGCCGGCCUCGAGCCUCAAAUUGCACGAUUCAGCACCCUUGGGAUCAGCAUAAUUUACUUCUUUUUUGCAUGUUCAUCAGUUCACCUUAUAGAACGAAAGGGACGACGAGUAUUAUCACUUUUCCAGCUGAGUACAGUAACUGCUUCGUUAACGGCUAUGAGCAUAUUUACAUGGGCACAAGCUUAUUAUAACAUAAAGCUGGCUAGUUAUGGUGCAAUUGCCGCAUUACUUGCUUACAUGUGUGGUUAUGGAAUUGGAAGUCCAAUACCUUGGAUGAUUGCAAGCGAAAUAUUUCCAACUAAAUAUCGUUCAAGUGCUGUUACUAUAGCAAUUUCAGUAGCUUGGAGCCUUGUAUUUAUUAUAUCGCUGGCUUAUUUACCAUUUAAACAGUGGGUCGGAGUUUCCGCAAGCUACCUACCGUUCAUAAUCGUGAGUGCAAUAAGUACUUGUUUUGUCUACUUUCUGUUACCAGAAACUAGAAACAAACAUACAAACGAAAUUGCUCAAGACAUACAAUUGCGAUCCGAUACAAUUCGGCGCUAUUCAUUAAACAUUCUUCCAUCUGUAGGUUCUUCAAUGGGGUAG